UGCUUAUAAACUUUCCGAUCAACGAGUAAGAGAGUCGGCUCCAUUUGCGUCAAAAUUUCCUCCGGUUUGCGUCAGUUUACACGUCAAGAAGGAACUGCGUGACUUGUUUACACUCUGUAGUACGGUACAAUGCAGCAGGUACUGCAUUUGACAUUACUAUGGGUUUGUCUUGGGACUGGCGUGAGGAGCUCGGCGAUCGACGUCCCAGAAGCGACGCCGCCCUCCAACUCCAACUGCGAAUUCUGGUGCAAAACGCCAUAUAACGCGUUUUACUGCUGCGAUAAUGACGGCGAGACAGUCACUCCGGAAGAGCCUGAGCACGAUGGCGAGUGUCCCCAGGUACGGAGCGAAUGCCCCGGGAUAUACAAGAAUCUUCCCGGUACACUGCCAGACUUCGACAUUUAUGGGCUGCCUUAUCCUGAUGACCCCAAGAUCUGCGCCCAUGACAGCGUCUGCAGCGCCUGGGAAAAGUGCUGUUUCGACCGCUGCUUCGACCGCCAUGUCUGCAAGUUCGCGUACAGUACUGACACAGAUGUAGAGUAUUCGGAGAGUGCAUUCCGGGACGGAGACAUUGUCCAAGAAGCCACCUAUCUAUUAGGAUGAAUCACGAUUCUUGUUUUUAAUCGGUCUAUUUUUUGUUCGUCAUAACAGUAACAGAAAUAUAAAAAAAAAAUGUGCAUAAAAA